UAGGUUUUAUGCUACCCACACUACAACCGCAUUUAGGGUGGUUGCCGCAUUAUUAGCUUGCUGCGCAUGCGUCUGGGCUAUCAGUCAACGUAUUUUCCGCUAAGGACCGAAUUUCACUACCAUUUUGGGGAGUAGGUCGUGUUGUCGAACUAAUUAUACGUAAUGCGGGAGUGUAUCAGUGUACAUGUAGGACAGGCUGGUGUGCAGAUUGGAAAUGCAUGCUGGGAAUUGUAUUGUCUUGAGCAUGGCAUCCAGCCUGAUGGACAGAUGGCAAACGAUGUUGUUCGUGAUGCUACUGAUGAUUCAUUCAGCACUUUUUUCAGUGAUACAGGAAACCAGCAAUAUGUUCCUCGUGCAGUUUUUGUCGAUUUAGAGCCUACAGUGAUCGAUGAAAUUCGUACUGGAGUUUAUAGACAUUUGUUUCACCCUGAACAGAUGAUAACAGGUAAAGAGGAUGCUGCCAACAACUAUGCUCGAGGCCAUUAUACCAUUGGAAAAGAAGUUAUUGACUUAGUUUUGGAUCGUAUCAGACUUCUGGCUGAACGCUGUACAGGACUUCAGGGCUUCUUGAUUUUUCAUAGUUUUGGUGGUGGUACUGGUUCCGGAUUCACUUCUCUUCUUAUGGAAAGGCUGUCUGUUGACUAUGGGAAAAAGUCAAAAUUAGAGUUUGCUAUUUAUCCAGCUCCACAAGUAUCAACAGCUGUGGUGGAGCCUUAUAAUUCUAUUCUUACAACCCACACAACUCUAGAGCAUUCUGACUGUGCUUUUAUGGUUGACAAUGAAGCCAUAUUUGAUCUGUGUACUCGCAACUUAGAUAUAGAAAGGCCCACCUAUACUAAUUUAAAUAGAUUGAUAGGUCAAGUUGUAUCUUCUAUUACUGCUUCACUGAGAUUUGAUGGAGCUCUUAAUGUAGAUCUCACUGAAUUCCAAACAAAUCUUGUUCCAUAUCCUCGAAUUCAUUUUCCUCUUGUAUCGUAUGCUCCUGUGAUGUCUGCUGAAAAGGCAUAUCAUGAGCAACUGAAAGUUGCAGAAAUUACAAAUUGCUGUUUUGAGCCAUCAAAUCAGAUGGUUAAAUGUGAUACUAGGCAUGGUAAAUACAUGGCUUGUUGUCUUUUAUAUAGAGGUGAUGUUGUUCCAAAAGAUGUUAAUGCAGCAAUUGUGUCCAUCAAAACGAAACGAUCCAUCCAGUUUGUUGAUUGGUGUCCAACAGGAUUCAAGGUGGGAAUCAAUUAUCAACCACCAACUGCUGUGCCAGGUGGAGAUCUAUCUAAAGUUCCACGUGCUGUAUGUAUGUUAUCAAAUACUACAGCUAUUGCAGAAGCAUGGUCACGCUUAGACUAUAAGUUUGAUUUAAUGUAUGCAAAGCGAGCAUUUGUGCACUGGUAUGUUGGUGAAGGGAUGGAGGAAGGUGAAUUUUCUGAAGCACGUGAGGAUAUGGCUGCCUUGGAGAAAGAUUAUGAAGAAGUUGGCUUGGAUUCCACUGAAAAUUAUGAAGAUGAGGGUGAAGAAUAUUAAUAAAAUUCUCACAUUUCCUCAA